UUCCGAAGCAACCGUUUCCCGCUCUGUCUCUGCCUCGAGUUCACUCAAGUAAUAGCCUAUUGUAGAAAGGAAAGGCAAAACGACAAAGAAGAGAGAGCUUAAAAGCUUCGCUCACACUCUCUUCUUCUGACUCUGUAUUUCUUUUGUUCAUGUUCAUGGCGAGCAGAAGCUGGUUCAUUGACAGUAGAUCAAUUGCAAAGAAAGUAAAAAACGCCAUUCAAAUCACUGACACUGACUGUGGAGCAAUUCGUGAAUGUCCGAACUGUCAUCACCGUAUUGAUAAUAGUGAUGUUUCGCCUCAGUGGCCUGGCCUUCCAAUUGGAGUGAAAUUUGAUCCCUCCGAUAUCGAGCUUUUAGAGCAUUUAGCUGCCAAAUGCGGCAUCGGAGACUUAAAACCACACCCCUUUAUCGACGAGUUUAUACCCACACUGAACGAGGAUCAAGGAAUCUGCUACACUCAUCCUCAAAAUCUCCCUGGUGUAAAGAAAGAUGGGAGUAGUAUCCACUUCUUUCAUCAAACCAUCAAUGCUUAUGCUAUUGGUCAGCGAAAGCGCCGCAGGAUCCAGAACCGACAUAGUACGAUCGAGGAGCAUGUUCGAUGGCAUAAGACCGGAAAGACCAAACCUGUCAUAGAAAAUGGAGUUCGCAAGGGCUGGAAGAAGAUCAUGGUUCUCUACAAACGUUCGAACCGAACUCACAAGCCCGAAAAGUCGAAUUGGGUGAUGCAUCAGUACCAUUUAGGGGCUGAAGAAGUAGAAGUUGGUGGGAAAUAUGUGGUUUCUAAAAUUUCAUAUCAACAACGAAAACAGACUGAUAAGAAUGAUGGCGUUACUAGGAUGGAAGAUUCGGAUAACUCGAUAAUUCGUGCGAGUCCAAGGACCCCGAAAACGAUGACUCCGAGUCCACCUCGGCCAUGGAAAUCAAUAAUAUAUGAAGGUGACAUUGACGAAAAGGUGCACCAGGAAUCAAAAUUUGCUGCAGAAGGAUCUAAUCUACCGAUCCAUGGUGUUGAAUGUGAGGAUCAUUUGGAGUAUCCAUUAUGGUUGGCUGGGGAAUCUCAGGCUGCUGUAAAUUCCGAGAUGAAUUGCUUGGAUAAUUCUUCCCUGCAGGUAAAGAAUUCGGUAAAGGAUCGAGUCUCGUAUGCCGUUCAUGAUCCUGGCACGAUGGAGAUGUCGGCCGGAAACAAAGAUGCAUGCACUUGCGGAAUUUCCGAGCUUGAGAACUUGGAAUUUGAUACACCACCAGAUGUGUCACUAUCUGAUCUACAAUUUGAUUCCCAGGAAAGCAUAAGUUCAUGGUUAGACCAGUUAUGAGGAGGA